AUGAAAACAUCAAUUUGCAAAGGAAUUGGUAAUCUAACAAGUCAAGUAUUGAAAAAGGUCCCAUUCAAAAUUGAAGAACAAGGUUGGGGUGAGUUCGAUUUGGGUAUCGUACUUCACAUGGUCGACAAGAGCGGAGAACAUACUUUGAGCCAUGACCUCAACUUCGCCACAAAUGAAUAUAAAAAUGAUCAUUUAUUAGAAUUCCCCACUAAUAGACCGGGUCUGCUUAAACUGCUAGCAGAAUCAGGUCCUGUACCCGGACAUAAUGCUCCUGGCGCCAGUGGUACUUCGGCAGGCGGCACUGAUUAUGCCACCGGUGAUAAGCGUAAAGGUGAAGAUGAUGGAAACAAAUUAAGAAAGAAAACUAAAACCAUUGAGAAAGGCUCAGUUGAUUUGGAGAGAUUAGCCGAUGGUCUGGAAAAGCUUGGCGAGGAUGACCUCUUGGAAGUCGUCACAAUGGUCAACAACAACAAGACUCCUGAUAUGUAUAUUAAAAAUGUACCUGAUGAGGGAGAGUUCCAUAUGGAUUUAUGUACUUUGCCUGAUCGUCUGCUAAAGAGUUUGUGGGACUUUGUUAAGAAGCGUACCGAAGUUUAA